CGGCUCAUUCGGUCGACGUGGCAGCCGCACUUUCAAGGUGCAGCCAUUCCUGAUGCUCUUGCUGAGCUCCAUGCCACAGCCCGCGGCGAGCCGCCGCUCGGCCUCGUGCGCGACAACAACGCCAACCGGCGGCAGCCGUUUUCGCCGGACGAACCACGACGAGUCUCCAUCGUUGUCUCGGCUUCGCGCCGUGUUCUCCUGGAUGCUUGCAAGGGCCUGGCGGAUACGCAUGUCGCUCCGCCGCCGCCGCCGCCGUCAUCGUCGACGUCUGGUGGCGGUGAUGGCGGCGGCGCUGACACGCUCGCCACCGACGCGGCGCGCCGCUCAGAGGUUCUUUGCGCCGAGACCGGAACACAUGGGACUGACUGGACCCGGAUCUCAUACAUGCCAAUUGCUGUCUCCUACAUUGUGCCGAUGGUCAAUGUACCCGGCUUCAUGCCUGGCCUCGUUCUCGACGCCGAACUCGUCGCCGCUCUCUGGCACGGCUCGAUCACGAGGUGGGAUGACCCGCGCAUCGCGGCUGUCAAUCCAGGCCUUGCACUGCCCGACCAUCACGUUGUCCUUAUCCGUGCGAUAUUGCCGUUUGUCGAGGACCUAGUCGUCCGCGACAUGCUCUCGGUGAUGGAGGAGCGCGGGACGUACAACGCGUCGCUCUUCUCCAACCUCCCUCCGAAUCAAGUCCCGUUCGGCACCUCAACCAACGUGAUGUACAUAAGUAAUAGCAACGAGCCUACAAAUGCGUGGCUCGCGCUCCUGGCUGCCACCCGCGCCAUUCCACGGACACCGUACUCAUUCACCAUUGUAACUUCGGAAGCCUUUGUCGCCACCGGCGUCUCGCGCGAUCUCUUUGUCGCCACCAUGAUCGAUGGCACUGGUGGGCAUGUACAAGUCUCGGAGCAGAGUGUAGAAGUUGCUGCGUCGACGCUGGCGUCGCCAAACGUCAACGUGCUCCUUGCUCCGCUGCCCCGUGCCUGGCCGCUGACGCAUGGCGAGUGGCUCGCCAUUCCGACGUUGGCCACCAAGGUUCCGCGCGAGACGUGCGAGCUGAUGCGCCAGACAGCGAACGGCAUCCGACGUGCACUCUCUUCGCUCAUCGUCUCUGAGCGAGCCUGGCUGUACGGGACACGCGUGGUGCCGUCGAUGGCACGUUCGGCGCUCGACCGCGAGAUCUACCUCGCCAACUGCAACGGCGAGUACAUUGCUGACGGCUCGAGCGAGCUCAUUGUAGGCUCGGGCUCACCACUCGCGGCUUCAGCCCUUGAGCAAUCGGUUGAGGUGUACAACGCUAUGUUUGGCUCGCGCGUUGAGUUUUCGCGCUCUUCCUCACUCGACGGGCUCGACGAACUCGUCACCCGACGCGCGGUCUUUGCCUCGACCGAGCUCCCACCGCUUGAAAACCAUCUCACGGCGCGUCCAGGCCUUGCUGCCGUCCCGUUUGCCGCCGCUGCUGUUGUUCUACCGUAUGUCAUUCCAUUUCGCACAGGUGCGCCGACCACGCUCACGCGGCUCGUGCUCUCGCGCCACGUCGUUGCCGACAUCUAUCUCGGCCGUGUCACCCAGUGGGCCGACUCACAGAUUGUGGCGCUUAAUCCGGAGCUUGCGCCCUGGCUUCCCAACUCCACCAUCUGCAUCCAUGUCCUCACGCCUGCUGCGGCGGAGAUGUCAGGUGAGACGCGCAUCCUUCUCGACGCACUGGCGUCGUUCUCGUCCGACGCAGCGGCGCUGGCUCAGCUUGCCCAAGCCGGCGACUGGCCAGUGCCAUGCCUGGUCGAACACUCCACGAUGGGUGCGCUCGUCUACGAGUUUGCGUUUGAGACUUCGGGCCUCGGCUACGCAAGCGGACACAUGGCAUCGGCACUCUCACUCCGGUUCGCAUCGCUGAUCAAUGCCGCCGGCGACGUAGUCGACGCCACGCCGCUGACAGUGAGGGCUGCGGCAGCGAAUGCAGUCAAUGUUCCGGCGACCAACGCACUGCUUCCACUCGUCAAGACGCUGGUGGAUCAGCCUGUGCCGCUGGCGUGGCCUCUGGUGGGGUACACGUACUGGGUCUUUGAGUGCUCGUCGACGGCGGUUUGUGCCAAGCGCCGAGCUGCCUUUGACUACCUUCGCUGGGCACUGGCAUCAAGCGAUACACGGGCGCUCCUCCGCUCGCUCUUCUUUGCGCCGCUGACCAACGCGACGCUCACCGCCGUUGCUGCAAAUCUGGCAACGUGUACGUGCGGCGCGCUCCCGCUCUCGCAGGUAUGUAUUGGCCCCGGUUGUGGCGCAAGCGAUGAGCCGGUCUUGUCGACCGGGGCGCUUGCUGCGGCAAUCACUGUUCCACUGGUGGUUAUCUGCGUCUGCGCUCUUGUGGCCGGCAUUGUGCUGUGGUCAAGCCGGAAGCACGAGCGUGUGACGGUCCCGGCAUCGGCGCUCCCUUCGCACUCGAUCAUCAUCCCGAGCCACGAGCUCAGAAUUGGCAACGUAAUAGGGACCGGCUCGUUUGGCACUGUGUUUGAGGCACAGUGGCGCGGCUCGCCGGUAGUGGUCAAGCGCGUCCGCGAGGGCCAGUCCGGCGCUGGCCCCAGGCUCUCUGACCUCGAGUUUGUGGCCGAGCUCAUGUCGCUCGCCAUGCUCCGGCAUCCAAACAUUGUCAUGUUCAUGGGCGCCGACGUCGAGGCACGCGGCAUUGUGACCGAGUUUCUACCUCGCGGCUCGCUCCAUGCCAUCUUGCACAACGCCGAGUUCAACCUCCCGCAGUCGCUUCUCGGCUGGUGGAUGCACUGUAUUGCACUUGGCGUCGACUUUCUGCACCAGGCCGGCGCCAUCCACUCGGACCUCAAAUCGCCCAACAUCUUGCUUGACGCCGGGUGGGUACCCAAGCUCGCCGACGUGGGUAUUCCGCGAAUUAAGGCUGCGGCGUACGGCGCGCACCGACCGAUUGCCGUUCUCGCUGAUGGCGCAAAUACGUCGCGGAGCCCGCUGCACUCACGGCUUUCUGAAGUGAGCAUGUCAGAACAAGGUUCGAUCAUGCCUUCGCCGUCGGACGCGUCGUUUCUGGAUGCAAACGCCGCCAAGAUGCCAGCUGUGGCCGGCGACAACCUCUCAUCGCUCCUUUGGGUCGCACCCGAGGUGGUGGUCGACGGUGAGGCCGGACUCUCGCCGGCGGCCGAUGUCUAUGCUUUUGGCAUUACGAUGUGGGAGAUGCUGACGCGGACCGAGCCAUACAAGGGGACACACCCGGUGGUGGCAGCCAAUGACGUUGCGGCCGCCGUCCGCCGGCCGCUGCUCGGACUUGUGCCCGAGUGGGGUGAGGCGUACGUGCCGCUGAUGACAGCAGCGUGGGAGCAUGAGCCUGAAGAACGGCCAAGCUUCUCGCGGCUUGCGGCUCAGUUGCGGGGGCUGUACUCGCGCUCCUCGGUGGUUCUCCCGACAACCAUUGCCCGGCCUGAGGGCCACGUCGUUGCCGCGCUUAUCUCAGUCACCGAAAACGCGCAGGCUGUGACCGCGGCGCUCGAGGAGACUCACGCGGCACUGACCACUUUUCACCGAACCAUUGGCCAUCUGCUUCAGAACGCUCCUGAGAUACAGGGCAGGGUUGCUGACUGGACGCUUACUCAUGUCCUGGUUGUCUUUCCGUUGCCGUGCCACUUUGUGGCCUUUACCUCCAAGUUUCUUGCGGCGCUCUCCGGAACGCGAGUCGAGGCCCGAGUGGUGGCCGCCGACGGGCGGAUCGAGACCCUCAACCGCAGUCUAAGCAGACCGUUUUCCGGAACAUAUCUCGCGUUUCGAGGUCCAGUUGUCGAUGAGCUCGUGUCGACGACGGCACCGUCAGCGGCGAGUGGUGUGUUUGUGGCUCCCGGGCUGGGCGACGCUGUUGAGGCCACGCUGUGUGCGCUGACCGCGUCAGCGCAGCAGUUUCCCAACUUUUCGUCCGACUCGAUGGGCGAGGGGACCGAUGGUGGGACGGGCUCGACCCGCGGCUCGGGCUCGUACACCCUCUCGGCUUCUCGACGCGGGUCGGGUGUGUCGAGGCGGCCCCGUGCCAACAGGGAACUCCCGGUCUCAAACCUCAAGUUCCGAAAGCUGCUGGAUGUGGCAACGCCGCGGGUCUCUCGCGUGUCGGGAGAGCUGCCGAGGGCAAAUGGUGGAGGAGCCGAAGCUCUGGGCUACUGGGGCGUGGUCUCGUUAGUGAGCGAGGCGUCUCCACGGAUUGCCUCUGGCCAGCGGCAGGAUAGGGAAGCAAAAAUCGAUUCGGCUCGCGGUCGCGGCUGUGCGCGAGCCGAGACGACCAAGCAUAUGUUUGCCAACCAAACGCUCUCGCUGCCGGAGCUCGGGUGUGGCUCGCCCAUUCUCAUCGCGCUUCCGGAAAUGAUCCGCGUUCUCGCCCACGCCACCGAGGUCGGCAUGGGCUCGUUUGCGCGGAUCUGCAUCUCGGACAUCGACGGGCAGGCUGUGCUCGUCAAGCUCCUCUCCGAGCAGGAUCUCGGGCCGCAGGACGUGGUGGAGCUUGUAGCGGCGAUGGCCUCUGUCUUCCGAAUGUCUCACCAGUCGGAGAAGGACCUUGUGGUCCACCCGCUCGCCAUCUGCCCAUUCAAGCCGUGCCUCGGCAUCAUCUACCCGUUGGUGGAACAUGGCUCGCUGGCGGCGGCGGUGGAUGCUGGGCGGGUCGGUGGCGCGUUUGCGCGGCGAGUUGCGGUGGCGCUCGCCGAGACGCUGGCCUCGCUCCACGCUGACAACUUCGUCCAUGGCUCGGUCAAGCCGUCCAACGUCAUGCUCUACGACUCGGGCGGGUCGCGGGUGACGCUCACCGACGCUGGGCUCUCUGCGCUCCGCGGAACACUCUCUGUGCUCUCGUCAACGUCAUCCAUCAUAUAUUCUUCGCCUGAGGUGCUCGCCGGGAGCAGUGCAGACACGUCGGCCACCGAUGUCUUCUCGUACGCGUCCACGGUGUACGAGGUCGUGACUGGGCAGAGGGCGUUUACCGGGGAGUCGCCGCUCGAUGUGGCGCAGAAGAUCAUGGCUGGGAACGUCCCGUACGGCGGGUGCGGCCCGCGGCUCGGCGCGGUGCUCGGCAGGGCGUGGGCGCCGCUCGCCGCAGAUCGACCAACAAUGGCCGAGGUCAAGGACCUCAUCGCCGCCCUGCCGGAGGACGAGUUCUGCCGUGUCUGAGCGAGCUAUUGUCGCCAAACAAACAAUGCGAACAGUUAGCCCGAGGGCCCGGCGCCCGAGGCGCGCGACGGCGCAAACCACAUGUCGGCCUUACUUUGGUCGGCCGUGUUGUGGCGCCCGUACUCGUACUUGCGGGUGGAGACCGAGACAGCCUUGGUCUCGACGACGGUGACGGAGCACUUUGGGCACGGCGGGUUGGCGCCUGCGGAGAGGACGACCCCACGCCGGACAACGUGGGUGUCACAAAACGAGACCUUGCACGAGAGACAAGAGUAAACGCCAGUCCGGUUGCA